UUAAGCUUCUAUGCUUCAACAUUCGAUGGCAAGCCUGGCUUCAAUUAUGUCGAGAAACCUACCAACGGUAUUUACAGUAAUGUAACGACGUCCUCCCACCAACUGUUGGUGACAGACAUCCGCGGCUCAGAAGAUCAAGUCAACCUCGACCGCGACGCUGUUCUGACCGUUUCCAACAUACCGGACCACGGCUGUACCUUUACAGACGAUGCAAGCGUCAUCAAUGACUUCUAUCCCCAAGUCGGACAACUCCUCCUUCAGCACGUUCCUGGUGCCCAACGUGUCUUCAUCUUUGACCACACGAUUCGUCGCAAAUUCGGAGAUCGAGGUCCCGUCUUGCGCGCACACAUCGAUCAAACUCCCGCAUCCGCUCUCGCAAGAAUCACGCGGCAUCUUCCUGAUGAGGCUACAAGUCUAUCCAAAUGCCGCGUGCGUCUCAUCAACUUCUGGCGUCCCAUCAAUGGCACUGUCGAAAACUAUCCGCUGGCAUUUGCACUUUCCGGAUCUGUUCCAGAUGCGAAACUUGAGUCUGUGAAGCAUCACUAUCCUACCUGGACGGGUGAGACUUAUGGCGUUGGGUAUAGCGAGGGGCAGAAUUGGUGCUAUUGGAGUAAGAUGGGGAAUAGUGAUGCUUUGUUGUUGCAGUGUUUCGAUAGUGAGAAAGGAGGAAGGUUGGCGCAUUCUGCAGUUGUGGAUCCGACGUCUACUUCUCAGAAGUACAGAGAAAGUAUUGAGGUUCGAGCCUUGGUCUUUGGUUAA